CAUCACCAGAAAAUUGGGAAUUAUAGAUAGUUGAGGUCCACUUAGUCCUCUCUCAUCUGUGGUACAAGAACUACUAGAGACUACUACGCACUACCUUUCAUCUAUAAACAACAUGGCCGCAGCUGAAGAUCUUAGUAAAGAACAAAUUCAAAUGUUGCGAAAGGCCUUCGACAUGUUUGAUCGAGACAAAAAAGGAGUUAUUCAUACCAACAUGGUAUCCACCAUCCUUAGGACUUUAGGCCAGACAUUUGAAGAAAAGGACCUGAAAGACCUGAUUUCUGAGAUAGAUCAAGAUGGUAGCGGAGAAUUGGAGUUUGAGGAGUUCGUGGCUUUGGCCGCCAGGUUUCUAGUAGAGGAAGAUGCUGAGGCCAUGCAAGAAGAGCUGCGUGAGGCCUUCAGAAUGUAUGAUAAAGAGGGUCAGGGGUACAUCAAUGUGUCCGAUCUUAGAGACAUUCUCAGAGCCCUGGAUGAUAAACUCACGGAAGAUGAACUGGACGAGAUGAUCGCAGAAAUCGAUACUGACGGUAGCGGUACUGUUGACUUUGAUGAAUUCAUGGAGAUGAUGACGGGAGAAUAGGUGAAAACGUAUGUGUUCACCAGUUUUGCUCUUUAAAUUUUCCACUAUCAGUUCAGACAUAACAGAUGCAUCUUAAAAAAAACAAGCGAAUUUUUCAACACAGUGUUUAAUGGAAAACCUUUACUAGAACAUUACGUUUAAAGGGAAAUAUUCAAAUCGUGUAAAAUAAGCUUUAAACCACAGGAACCAAGUUGUAAAUUCUGAGAAUAUUUAGCACUUUAUAUUACUGGAAAUGAUUGUAAAAUGAUAGCAAAUAGGUGCAUAUAACAUCAAGUUAUUUUGUUUACUAAGAGAAAAGAAUUAAGUUUGCCUAGAGGCGAUAGUAGGGAGACUUUUCGUAACUUCAAAUAUUUUCAUUCUCACACGCUAUUGCAUCGUAUGCUUUAAAUACUGAUAUUCUUCUGCCUAAGGCGUAAGCAACAAACUGGAAAACGUUUUCUUUCAAUCGCUUUUUUUUACGACUCGUGUUGUGUUUUAUGUACGUAACACAACAGUCAAUAUUUUAUGGGUCUGUAAAUUCAGCAUUUCUUCAUGUGAGACCAGUAUUUUAGAUUAAGAAAUCUUUGAGUAAAGUAUGAAUAUAACCAAA